CAGCGAUGCUCCCGGCUCCCGUAGCUGCCGACUACCGAGCCGCCACCGCGCCCUGCCCCGCAGAAUGCCCCGGGCCCCGCCGGGCCUGUCGCUGCUCCUGAUGGCCGCCUUGGCGUUCGCCGCCACCCCGCCGCUCAUUCCGGACGAAAAGGACGACAAGCUCAAGCUCAUCAAUCCCUGGCUAUCGGCGUGCGACCUCAUGCAGCCCGCCAGCGCGACUGACCUGAAGGGCGCGUGCUCCGACAUGUGGAGCCCCGGGCCCUUCUGUCCGCCCUGCCCACCCAGCAACAACAGUACUACUCAGUGCCUUUUAAAUUAUUUGAAAGAAUCGCACAAAGAGGAGGUGUGCAGCGAAGGAGUGAAGCCCGAGGACAGACGGCGCCGGCUGCGGGCGCUCCGGGUGCGCCACUGCUGCGAGCACGCGGUCGACUCGGCCCUGCCCGCGGAGGCGCUCGACGAUGCCGCGACGUGCACCCGCAUGCUGGACGCCCUCCUGGCGGUGGACGCGUUGGCGGCUCGCAUCUCGUGCGAGUUCGCCGAGGUGCUGUACCGCUACGACUGCGGCCAGAAGUACUCCAUCAAGCACCAAUGCGAUGACUGCAAGGAAGCAUACCGAAAGUGGGUGUGCAGCUCAAUGGUGCCUCAUUACUUCAAUCGCACGGCGAGAGUGAGGCCCUGUCCCAGCGUCUGCCAGAGUGUGGAGCAAAAGUGUCCCUACAUGCUUCCAGGGGACCGUGCACCAGCUCAUCCCACGCAAUAUGCCGGCGAGCCUACUUUUCUCUGCCUCGAUCCGAACAUCCCGGAGACGGGAGAUCAGAGGCUCAAGUCCUCGGUGGGAGAUGAAGACUGUUGUUAUAAUUAUUCCAAUUGCGGCGGCACGGCCGGCCGAGACGGGCUCGGAUCGUCGCUGUGCAUCAACUGCCCGAAAGGUCCUGCCGACAUCGCUGCGACGCCGGUCAACUGUUCAGCGGGCCUCGGCAACAGCACGUCGAGCUGCUGGAGCGGCGGCGGCAGCGGCGGCGGUGCGGGCGCCUCGUCCGGCGCCGCGAAGACGUUGUCGGCGAGCAGGACUCUAAACGAAGUGCUACCAUUGUGGACCGCAUGGAUUAUUCUAAUACAAAUACUACCACAACAAAUAAUUUCUCUAACUUCGAUUACAAAUACUGUUUAUAACCUAAUAGUACGUCACUUGUUGGUUAAUAUGCUGUGCGCGACCAGUGUGCGGACAUCGCUGUUACUGACGCGGAUAAAGACCAAGUGGAGGAAACCGUGGUCAUAGAAUUAGGGGAGCUAGGCGAUAUGUGUUCCGUUCGAGCGACACCAAGUACACCAUACACUCACAUACACACACACAUAAUAGGUACAUAUUCAGAGAAAACAGUUUAACACUCACUCACCCACACAUCCUUACAUCGCGACACAUCGUGCCACACGUAUUCUCACACUGAACAAAGCCAAAAACGAGCCAAAGAACGCGACACACGAACAAAUAAUAAUUAUACACUUAUUACUACGUAAUGACUAACUAAAAACGCAGCGGAGACGCGUGAACGACGAUGUCGAUUAUCGUCGAUUCGAGUGCUGGUCGAAGUGAGCCUCGCGGCACGGGAAGAAGCCUUUUGUCUGCCGAACAAAACCGAUUGAUACACAACUCGAGACACAAUUCGCACAUUGACUACAAACUACAACGUCACAUGGCCUUAGAAAAGAAGGACACCAAGUUAUAGCAAACUAACACACAUGCAGACACACCACACACCCACAGAGCAGAAUCUCACCACCCACCGUAGCCCACGUUAAUGCGAACGAGUCGAAAGGUUUAAAUGUCGAUAUACAAAUAAUCUAAUGCAGAGAAACAAGAUAACCCGAAAACAGCAUCAUCGAACAUCGUUGCUUUCGCCGAGGAAGCAAACCGACGACAAUUCAACAGCAGCAGCAGCAGCGGCAGCGGCGAAACAGCAAAGCGGCACAAUUGUAGUUCAUUCAGUAUAACAAUAAGUGUGUUGGUUCCGAUUUCAAAGCGGACGGCACGUCACAAAUCUAAAAUAAAAAUGAAAAAAAGUGUUAUAAUAGAAUGUUGUUCUCUCAAGAUUUUUACGUUCACUUAUGCGUACGUUUCGUUCGUUCAUUUCGUAAAAGAAGUAUAUUUAUGAGAAAAAAUUAUGAGAACGUAUAAAAAUGCCUGUUAGAGUUAAUAAUAAUAGCUUAAGAUGUUGUUAUUAAAUGUGGAGGCGCCUGGCCACUGGUUACUGAUCGAUCAUAAUCGACACGCUCGGACUCUUUUAGAAAAAGAAACUAAUAAAUAAAUAAAGAUAAUGAAACAAAACAAGUAUUUAAAAAACACGUACCGAUAAGAGAAAUACAAAAAACCUAAAGAUAUCUUCAAGUGCACAUAGAAAAUUUGUCUAGGACUGCAAAUGCGAGUGACGAGUCAGUUGAAUACCGCGCGUUCGCGAACUAAACGAUCGAAUAAACAAUGGAAUUAAAUAAGAUAUUAAAACAGACACACACAAACAAUUUGAACGCACCGAAACGUUGUUGCAACGGUUACUUGUAAAAUUACUUCGUAACGAAUUAGUUUUAGCGUUCAUCGCUUUCAUUUUUCGGUAUGAAUUGACUCGCAUUUUAUCCAAUUGAUUACAAAAACAAAUGUGGCUGUUGCAAAAUGAGUAUUAAACAAAUAAUAAUGAUGACGAUGCAGAGAAAAACGAAGACUAUUGAGAUGAUACUUAUAAUUGUUGAUGUUGAUGAUAUGAUAAUUUUAUUAACGAUCAUUAUUUUUAAGCUAAGAACACAAUUCCAAUGUUGUUUUCCAUUCGUCAAAUAUGUACUUAUGAUUUCUGCAAGUUUUGAAUGAAAGAAAUAUUUUUUACAAACAAGCACACACCGUUCGUACAAACUGUUAUUUAUGAAUAAAUAUUUAUAAACAAUGAGCGGAAGCGAGGAUGUAACAAGUACAAGACGACAUUGCCGAGCAGCCCAGACAAAAACUAGGUGGUAUACACGAACGACAUGACAUCAAAUGUGACGUCUGAUCUAAAAAAGAAUCAAUAUUCAACUUUUAGUCGAUAGUUAGACUUUCGUUGAUUCACUCGAAUAAAAAUUGCAGCACCGAUUAACGAAUGACAGCAUAAAUAAACCACACACUCACACAACGCAAACGAAGCAACCACAUUGCAGACAUUUGCGAUUAACAAAUAUGCAUAUAAUAUUAUUACGACUAGAUACAUAUGCGAUUGUAUAGUGAAUGCAAAUUGCGAAUAACUAACUAAAUAUUAUGAACUACUAUUAUAUUACUACGAGAAAUAACUAUCGAGAUUAAAGUAAAUAUUAAACUAAUGUAAUAUGAAGAUGAAGAAAAUACCAUGAAGAAACAAACAAAUAUGAAGAUAUAUUUCCCGACUGCCAUCAGUAUAAAUUUCACGAGUGCUUAGUGAUAUUUUAAAAUGAAAUAUAUAAUUAAUUAAGGGUGUAAUUAACGAGCGGAGAGAAGUUGUAAUGUAAAAAAAACAGUCGCACAUUUAGAAAUUUUACGAUCAGCAUAUUAUGAAGAAUGAAACGAAGUAAAUAAUUUAUCUAUCGCUAACAUUGUUCGAUCAUCAUUAUCAUCAAACACCAAAAAUGCUGUGCCACGUGCGAAUGGGGGAGAUCUCUCGAUUCGGGAGAGGCGCGCUCCCACACGCGCGCACACACGUGUUCGCAUGAACGCACGACCUCAAAUUUUAUGCCUGAUGACCGAAUGAUACGUUUCGAGCCACUCACACACCACUGACACACGCACACGAGAAGGAUUUUCGUUUGAGUUGAGUUUCCCAUCGAUCGCAAAACACGAACUAAUCAACGUUUCGAGCACAACUUGCACAACUUGUUUCAUAUCAACAAAAAAAAAACAACAACAACAACCACCAAAACUAAUACCGAACAAACAACAGGCCAAUAUUUUAGUAAAAAAAGAAAAACGAAACAGAUUACUUGCAUUUGUUCGAAAUUCGACAAGAUGCUAUUAUUGAGUGCUAGUCAAAAAUGAAAAUAUAUCAUCCGUAUAAUGUAAAGUCUCAUUUUCUUUGCGCAGCACACGACUCUUGGUUUAUUGUUGACAAUGUUGACACGCGGCGAUAGCCGAAUUCGGAACAACGCAGAAAAUGGCACGUUUCGUUUGACGAUUUCACGAUGCUUUCAACUUUCAAAUUUCGAUACGGAAUAAAACACAAGCGCACAAUGCAAAACCUUUCAGUUUCGACGAUGAUGGAUGUAAAACUAAAACCAAUAACAAAAAUAACAACCAACAAAUGUCCACAAAGCAAUAUACGAUUGAUUUUCUCGGACAAUAUUUUGAACUCCUCAAACUUGUUGAACACACUGCCGAAACGAUAUGUACGUUUUUCGUAAGCGUUGAUUAUACGAGAAAUAUCAUUGAUCAUAUUUUUAUAUGGUGGUUUUUGAGGCUAUGAUUUUUGUGAUCAAUUUAGUGCCUAUUCAUGCCAAGCACUCGUGUCCGAAUUCGACGAUCGCAGGCCAUGGCUUGAAGCCUUCAUUCUUCGAUUGGAUUUCUCAUAUGAUUCACAUUCUAUUUAUACACGCAGCUAGUAGCUCUCUGAUUGAUUGUUAAUUAUGUGAAGAACGCUAGUUCUUAGUUUUAAGUGACUGUGAAUUUGUGAAUUAAAGCAAACAGAAGAAAAAAGUAUAUAAAUAAAUCUAAAAAUUAAUGAAAUUGAUAAAAAUAAAAUAAAGUUUUGUAGGAAUUGUUGUAAUGUUAUUAUUAUAAAUAAUAAUGAAAUAAUGAUGAUGAAAAAGUUAGUUAGUUUUAGUGCCGUACCUAUAAAGAAGAUGAAAACAAAAAAGUAUAUAAUUAUGUCGCUCUAUGAAACUAUUGAAAUAUAAAUAAUUGAAUAAAAUGAAAAUAAUAUUAAUUCAUAUGACUAAUUGAGUAUCCAUAACUUUAAAUGUUGCGAAUUGCAAAUACUAAACCAACUAACGGCAACACAAGUACACGCAAGAUACAUGAUACAUGCGAUGAAGAAAAAAAAAAACGAUUUUGUAUUUACUAUUAAAUAAUAAUUUAUAAUCAGGGUAAAAAUGUAUUAAAUGUAUUUAAGGGCUUAUUCAAAAUGACGAAGAAACAAUUAAUUACAAAGAGUUAAGGAUGACCCAAAUGAAGGCGAAUAUGAUAUACUGUGUAUAUUCGUUCGCUUUUAGUUAUAAAUAUUAUAAUUGAGGGAAAAUGAUGAAAAAAAUAAAUAAAACUAUUCGAAACGAAUUGGGGACACGUUUUGACACUCUGAGUUCACAAUCACUUAAAAAUAAUCAUCGUCAGUGUUGCAACCUUUCAUUUUGAGCAAACAUUGCUAUGGAUUUCAACAGCAGGGUGAGUGGAAUCCAUGCAAGUUCAUCUGAGUCUGUAUUCUGAAUACAGUGGGAACAAAAUUUCGUCUCACACAUUUUUGGGUUGCACUCUGAUCGGCAUUGUUCGAUUAGGUAUAUAUAUCAUUUCGAAUUCGUUUUGUAACAAUCGAGGUAGAGUUUAAACGCGUCGUAGAGAACUGUAUACACACGUAAGAACCUUAUCACCAACGAUUAAGUAAAAUCAAUUAAAUGAAAUGCGUCAUGUCCACAUGAUUUCAUGUUUUACGAUAAUGAACAAGAGAAAUUUGAGGAACGAAAAUGUUUGUGUGCGUAUGUUUUAGUACAGAAAUCAAAAGCUGAAGAAAUCUAUUGUAAAUUGAAGCAGAGGAAGAAAAGUAAAAACUCGUAUAUAUAUAAUUGAGAAAUUAUACGAUUCAACUGUAGUUUCGUCCGCAAGCGCACGAGUGUUUCGCUAGUGGUCAAAGUGUUACUAGCUGUGUUCGUUUUAGAGAGAUCUCCGGAAAUAAGAUUAACUAUAAAGAUAAAAAUGAAACAUAAUGAUAACGCAAGGAUAUUCAUUAAAACAAGGAAUUCGCAUAAAACUGAAAGAGACACACCGCGCGGUGCGAUUGACAAGUACGAUGCAAGCUGACGUAACCUAUAAUUCUUUAGUUGAUUCAUUGCGAAUUGCAUACAGGUGGCGCGCGCUGGCAAAUCUUUGAAUUGGGAAUUCACACGCCACACACAUUCACACAUACACAAUUAUACAAAACACACACAUGCGCGAAUUUAUUAUCUCUACGUGUGAUUCGAGCGUUUUCGUUACGAUUUUGUCUGUAAUUAGAUGUUAAAUGUCAGCGUUUACGAGGAGGAGAACCCACGAAACGAUGAGAAAGAGCCGCGACAUUAAAAGGGCAACGUAAUGGCCAAGCCUUAAUACGCAAUACAAAAAAUAUAUAGAAAGUAUAUAUUUUUAGAUAAAGACGAUUCGUUUUUUGUAGCGUUCUAAUUGUAAUAUUAAUAAUUAUUGACUUAUUCGAUGAUGACGAAACACACAACUCGAGGAAAACGCGUUACAUAACAUCAUGCGCAACUACAUCAACAGUCGAACCACCGUUUAUGCACUUGAUUUGAGAAUUGCCUUAGGAACAUAAACGUAGGACUUUUGUGUGCAUAUAUAAAUAUAUAUUAUAAGUGACCUCUGUAUAUCUCUCUGCUUGCAUCGUCCUUGCGCGUUCAACCGAAGUUUGCAAUUUACGUUUUCGGGUAUCAAAGCGCAGCAAAGAAUUCUGAAAAUCAUCAUUGCCAAAUUGCCAAAUUCAUUCAUUGAUUUCAGCCUAUACUUUCAGUUUUGUCCAACGUUUGCAAAUGACAUAUUUUACGAAGAAAAUAAAUAAAUAUACAAAUAUCUGACUCAAUAAGAAACAUGAAAGAAAAUAAACUUUAUAAAUAUUAAAUUAUAAAAUGAAAUGACGGUUUAAUGAAUAAAAUUGAAGAAAAAAAACUUAAUAAGGAUAAAUUAAGAAUAAAUUGCCAAAAACAAAAAAGAAACAAAGAACUUGUUAUUAAUUAUAAAUAUUAAUAUUGUGUAUUUAUUAUUAUGAAUGAUGAUGAAAUAAAUAAAUUGAUAAUAGAGAAAUUA